GGUGCAGCUGGGCAGGGGAAUGAGCGCGCAGUGCCCUGCCGCCCGGGGCCGUAAAGUUUCAGUUUCGCUUUUCGGGAAAUCCCUCCCCGUUUCUGGCAGUGUCUCUCCCUGUCCUCUCUGGGCCGCCCUCCCUGCCGCGGUCCGCGGGAAGCAGUCAACGGUAUUUGGGAAUGACAAAUUUAUGCUUGGAAACCCAAAACAGAGUAUAAAGACCCUGGGGGCCUGGAGGAUGGACUUUUCCAAUGUAAAAAGUGGUUCUGGAGCAGCGGCUUACAAUGAGAAAUCAGAGACUGCCAGUCUUAAAGAAGAUUGUGGUCAGCAAAUUCCCAUUAAUCACAAUGCCUUCAGAAUUUUAAAAAGCAAUGAGAGUCAGCUGUGUGAAGUCCUUCAGAAUAAAUUUGACUGUAUCUGUACCCUCAUCUCUGCAUCCCCAGAAGGUAACAAUGAGACUCUGCAAGUCUUCAGAGAAAUGCUCAUUCCUGGGCUGGAGUUAUCUGUUUGGAGGGAUGACCUCACCAGACAUGCUGUUGAUGCUGUGGUGAACGCAGCCAACGAAGAACUUAUUCACGCGGGAGGCCUGGCCCAGGCCCUGGUGAAUGCUGGGGGCCCUGAAAUCCAAGAGGAGAGCAGAAGUAUUAUUUCCAGAUAUGGUAAAAUACAAACUGGUGACAUAGUUACCACAGGAGCAGGGAGACUUCCCUGCAGGUUAAUUAUCCAUGCUGUUGGGCCUCGGUGGCUGGCGGAAGAUGCUCAGAGAUGUAUCGGUAAGCUGCAGAACGCCAUUAAAAAUAUUCUGGAUUGUGUCACCUCUCCCUGGUCAGACAUUGAGACCAUAGCAAUUCCAGCCCUGAGCUCUGGGAUUUUCCAGUUCCCUCUGGACUUGUGUACACAGACCAUUGUGGAAACUAUCAGUAUUUAUUUCCAAAGGAAGCAACUGGCUGGUAAUUUGAAAGAAAUUCACCUAGUAAGCAAUGAGCAACCUACUGUUGUUGCCUUUAAAAAUGCUUCAGAAGUAAUCCUGAGAGUGAACAAGCUGGGAUCCUGGGUGAGUCAAGAAGUCAUCCGACCUGACAAUACGAUUACCGUGAACAAUGUGACUCUCCAGAUUGUCCAGGGCUACAUUGAACAGCAGGAGACAGAUGUAAUUGUUAAUUCUGUAGAUCUACUGUGUGGUCUUAUGUUCGGACCUGUGUCGACAUCAAUUUUACAACAAGCAGGAAGAGAAAUAGAAUUGGAAUUUAACCAAAAAGUUACUGAGUUGCCUCAAGAGUCUCAGUUGGUACUGAUCACAAAAGGAUUUAACCUGUCCUGUCAACAUGUAUUCCAUGUGUUAUGGAAUUUAAGACGUCUCAAACUACCUGUGAAGCUGGGAACUGCAGUGAAGGAAUGUUUGCAGAAAUGCCUUGAAUUAAAUAAAGCUUCCAUUUCCUUUCCUGCCCUUGGGACUGGAACCAUUGGUAUACGGAAGAAAACAGCAGCUAAGAUGAUGUUUAAUGAAGUUUUAAUGUUUGCCAAAUACCACUUGAAAAAACAACUAACUGUAAAGUUUGUGAUCUUUCCAAAAGAACUGGAGACAUAUAAUGCUUUCAGUGCUGAGAUGGCAAGGAGAAAGGCCGAACUAUGGGAUUGGAAUAAUUACGGUGUCCCCCAGUUGACCAGAGAGGAGAAAAGAAAAAAUGACCUCGAAACUAAAUCUCCUGCCAUCAGGCUGAUGGGACGCAACAUGGAAAAGAUGAAGGAGGCCCAAGCAUGGAUCCAAAGGAUACUGACCCUUCAGGACCACCACAUCAUUGAAAAUAAUCAUAUCCUCUACCUUGGGAAAAGGGAACAUGACAUUUUGACUCAGCUCCAGAAUAACUUAAGGGUCUCUAUCUCAGAGAUUAUCAGUGUGGAAAAGGUAAUUUUAGAGAUUAAAGGAGCCCAAGCUAACCUCAUUGAGGUGGUUAUGAACAUUGAGCGUAUGCUGUGUGAAGUUCAAGAGAAAAUGGCAAGAAAAAAGGAGCUAGCCCUUUGGAGCUUGUCAGGACAAUGGACUGAUCAGCAACCAAAAAACCAGGAUGAAAUGAAAAGGAAUACAUUUCUGAAAUGUGUAAAGCUUUCAACUGAGGAAAUUCAUGAUCAGAAGAAACAGUUUGAAAGCUGUGGUUUGCGGGUUAUAAAGGUGGAGGAAAUUGACAAUGCAGUUCUCAUGGCUAUCUUCCAAAGAAAGAAGAAAAUUGUGGAAGGAAGAACACAUAGGGAUCCUGUGAGCCACAGGUUGUUUCAGCAAGUUCCUUACCAGUUCUGUGAAGCAGUAUGCAGAGUUGGCUUUCAAAGAAUGUACUCAGUGCCUUGUGACCCAAAAUAUGGAGUUGGUAUAUACUUCACCAAGAAUCUGAAAAACCUAGCAUCCCAGGUCAAGAAAACAUCUACCACAGAUGAGCUGAUAUAUGUGUUUGAAGCUGAAGUACUCACAGGCUCCUUCUGUCAGGGUCGUCAGUUAAAUAUUGUCCCCCCACCAUUGAGUCCUGGAAACAUAGAUAGCCAUGAUAGCAUGGUUGACAAUGUCUCCAGCCCUGAAAUCUUCGUUAUUUGUAAUGGCACACAGGCUAUGCCUCGAUAUUUGUGGACUUGCACCCAGGAUCGUGUACAGCCACAGGACGACUCAGCAGGACCAAUGAUGCUGUCUUCACAGCAGCCUUGGGAAAGAUUCUCAAGUGGUAGCUCUGUUGAUUAGCCUCCACAUCAUUUUGACAACUGGCGUGACCUUACUUUGAGGGAGCUAUCCAAAUAAUGACCAUCAGUAAGUCAGAGUGGUUUGAAUAUGUCAAAGGGGUUGUCCCUAUGGACUGAUUGGGUUAUUUAAGGGACCUGCCACAUACUGGCAUCUUAGUUCUUUCAUCUUUGUCUUCAUCUCUUGGGGUUGAGAUGCAUAGAUCCCAACUAAAACACUCCCGGGACCAUUCCCUCUCCUUCAAGUUGUCCUUUAAUCUCUUUUACUAUAGGUAACAACAAAAAUGUUUUACAUGUAAUGAAGGGAUUUUUCUAUCAUAUAAUUCAAGGCUUUUUAGUUUCUAAAAUGAUAGUGUAACAGCAGGAUGCUUUUAGAUUUUCCAGGUCACUUUAUAUAGUGUUUUAGAUAUUAAAAUAAAUCACCUUUGAGUAA